AUGUUAGGCAAAUUCAAAGAAGCGGUGAACAAGAAAGGCAUAAAGGCGCCGAAUCUGGCGGGGUCCGUUCUGGCGCCGGUCGGACCGGGACCAGCGCCGACGCCCGCCGGCACUCCGCGCAAAUCACCACGGAAGAAGAGAGAGAAGACGAGGAAAACGACGGAGAAGCCGAAAACGGUGCAGAAGAAGAAGAAGUCGGUGGAGCAGCCGGACGGGUCCACGACGGAAGAGGAGGAGGGAUCGAGGUCGAACGAGGACCGGUCGGACGGGCCGACAGAGGUCAGUUUUGAGCUUUAGAGCUCCGCGAGCCCUAGAAAUCAAAGGGUAUCAAAUCACUGCAAAUUCUUUCAUUUUCAGCUCCUCGGGCAAGUGUAUUCCAAAAAGGCCGAUCCGAAAGGCUUCCAAUACCGGAUCCUCCGAACCGAACGCCCGGAUCUCUUCACCAAAACCUCUGAAGAGCUGACAGGCGAGGCGGCAAAGCUAUUGGACGAUUAUCUGACGAGAAAAGGUCAAUUAAGUGACGGCGCCUUUCUGACACUGGGCCGAGUCGUGGAUUCCGAGAGGUGAGGUUGGGGAAUUUGAGAUUUCCAACGGUUUGGUACUAGCAUGAGCUCAGGCGAGCCCGAGAAUCUCACGUACUUUCAGCAAAGUGGAAGUGGGAAAGGGGGACGGUGUGGAGGUGAGUUGUCUGUUUGCACACGGACGGUUCGGCGCAGUCUACCUCGCCUACAAACAAUGCGACGGCGGAAAAACGUCGUCGACACAGUACGCCCUGAAAAUCAGUCGCCGAAUGCUGGCGUCGGCUCGCAUCCAGCACGAGAUCGCCGUUCUCGAUCACCUUUACACGAAGAAUCGGACGGGGAAGUGGAAGAAAGUGCCGUACCCGACGCACAUCAUUCCGGUGUUCUUCACGGGAACCGCCGGCGGCACCACCUACUUUAUGAUGCCGAUGCUGGACGGAUCGGUCGAGAGGGUCCGUCAAGACAUUGGGCACCGCUUCCCGUCGGCCGACGUCUUCUUCAUCGGUCAGGAGUCGAUCGUGGCGAUCCGAGAGUGCCACGCUCACUCCAUCGUGCACCGGGACAUCAAACCGACCAACUUUUUGCUCGGAGUGCAGAAUACGAAAAGUUGGUGGCUGUGCGACUUUGGCGAGGCGAGUCCGAUUGGGAAUAAGAGGAUUCUCUCGCCGCCCGACGCCCUCACUCUUCCCUUUUUGGCGCGGGAAUCCCAUCGGGCGGUCAUGGAGUUGGUUCCGAGCAGCACGAGGAUGGAUAUCGAGAGUUGGUUCUAUAUGGUCCUCGAUCUGUGAGUUUUCCGCUUGAUUUGCUCUUUUCAACUUUGACAACCUCAACUCAGAUUCGUUCCACUUCCCUGGCAUUCGCUCACCGAAGAAUCCGAAGUGCUGACCGCCAAAAACGUCUUCUGGUCGUCGCUCGACUCGUUUUUCCAGUCCGCCGGCGCCCAAACACCCCCGCAAUGCGCGGCACUCGCCCAGAUCGUGGCGGGACCCAUCGACGAGCACGUGUACGGUCGGCUCACUUCGGUGCUCCGCGACGGAUUUCAAAAGAACGUGGAGUCGCCGCCGUGGAGGCCUUCGUGGGCCGACAAACGGAAAAGAGCCCAACUGCCGGCACCGAAGGAGGCAACCGCGACGAAGCCGCCGAAAAAGGGCAUCAUAAUGGCGAUGGUCGAGCAGAAGGUUUCGAGGAAGAAGAACAGGAAGAAGAAGUGA